AGAGAGAGGACAAAGCAGCAGAGUCGCCUCAAUGCCAGGGAGCCCGUGGACACCCAGUUUAGAGGUGGCUCUGCAGCGACGUCUGCCAUCCUGUACAAAGCUGUCGGCACAAGCUCCCCUCCCACUAUGCACACCCUCUCCCUGGGUAUGGCUCCAACCCAUGGCCCCGCUCCCCAACUACCAGCUCCUCUACCUGGGAGCAGUAGUAGCAAGCUCCCAUCUUGCAAAAUAGUCCACCUGGGACUCCAAAGCCCACAGACCCAUGGUGGGGUGGGGGCAAGACAGUGGGCUUGGUAGGGUGAGACGGAUGAGGAGGGCUAGCACAGGCCGCUGGCACAAGGCUGCGUCCCGCCGUCAGUAGGAUUCAGAGUGAACAACCCUAAGCACCUCCGCUCUUCCAUUCGCCGCAGCGCAGACCGCCCGCCGCCAGGCGCCCGGAGAGCCAUUCCGGAAAUAACCGAGCACCUGCCAACUGUAGGCGAGCGGUUCCGGAAAUGGCCGAUCGGGUCCGGCAACAGCCAAUCGCUCCCCCCGUAGCCGAGCGGCUCCGAAAAUGCCCGAGAGGUUCCGGAAGUAGCCGAGCCCUUCCGGAAAGCCCCGGAGCUGUCCGAGUCGGCGGCGUAGGUAGAAGCCGCUGUGCGGGAGCCAUCAUGGCGGAUCAGGCAGCACAGCUGCUGGCCGACGGCAUCGCGAAGCGGCUGGUGCAGGAGGGCCGGGGUCCGAUGCCCGACUACUGCGACGGCACCAAGGCCACUUUCCACUACCGCACCAUGCUGUCCGACGGGGAGCACCGCGUGCUGGACGACAGCCGUGCCCGCGGGAAGCCCAUGGAGCUCAUUAUUGGCAAGAAAUUCAAGCUGCCAGUGUGGGAGACCAUCCUGAGCACCAUGCGGGACGGGGAGCAGGCUGAGUUCCUGUGUGACACCAAGCACGUGGUGCUGUACCCGCUGGUGGCGAAGAGCCUGCGGAACAUCGCGGCAGGGAAGGACCCCCUGGAGGGGCAGCGGCACUGCUGCGGCAUCGCCCAGAUGCAUGAGCACCACUCUCUGGGCUACCCCGACCUGGAUGACCUGCAGCAGAACCCCCAGCCCCUGAUCUUCGCCAUCGACCUGCUGAAGGUGGAGGCGCCCGGCUCGUACCGGCAGGACCCAUGGGCCAUGACGGAUGAGGAGAAGAUGCAGGCAGUUCCACUGAUCCACGAGGAGGGCAACGAGCUCUAUCGCCAGGGCAAGGUGACCGAGGCGGCUGCCAAGUACUACGAUGCCAUCGCCUGCCUGAAGAACCUGCAGAUGAAGGAGCAGCCGGGCUCCCCAGACUGGAUCCAGCUGGACUUGAAGAUCACCCCCUUGCUGCUGAACUACUGCCAGUGCAAGCUGCUGUGCCAUGAAUACUACGAGGUGCUGGACCACUGCUCCUCCAUCCUCAAUAAACAACGUCAAGGCCUAUUUCAAGCGGGGGAAGGCGCAUGCCGCCGUAUGGAAUACAGCCGAGGCCCAGGCCGACUUCGCCAAGGUGCUGGCGCUGGACCCGUCGCUGGGCCCCGUGGUGGCCAAGGAGCUGCGCAGCCUGGAGACGCGCCUGCGCCAGAAGGACAGUGAGGACAAGAUCCGCUUCAAGGGCAUCUUCUCCCAGUAGCGGCUGCGCCAGCCCCGUGGCCUGGGGAGCAGCAGGGUGCGCCAGAGGGGCCUCCGCUGGGUGAGGGGCUGUGCCGACUGCCCCCGGGCCUGGGCUGGGGUGAGCUGCCAGCACCCGUCUGGCCGUCUGUGCUUGGCACCCCCAUGCUCCUCAUCCUCGCUUCCCAUUCUCUGUAGCCAAUAAACUGAUAUUUAUCCAUGGGCUCUGCCCUUCCCGCCUGAGCCAGGCCAAGGAGCCUGGAGCCGCUGCCAUGCCCCCCUCCACCACUUUCCCAUUAGUGCUGCCCUGGGCACCCUGCAGCCUCUGUUACAUGGGUGUGUGAGCUGGGUUUGGUGCCUUGUAGCUGAUUUAUCUGCAGGUCACUGCUGGUCCCCCUUGGGGUUACCCCCACUCUCCUAAUGCCCAGCUAGCAGUUCUCAGCCUGGCACUGCCCCCAGACUUUGGCUGCAGCGCUGUCGCCCGCCUGGGCACUGGGCCUUGGGAACCCCACCCUCUAAUUGUGCUGACUUAGGGGGAGGGGGGUGGCCGAAGCUCUGGCCCCAGGCCACCCUGGCUGGGGACAAGUGACAGGAGAGGUUCCUUCUGCUGCUACCUGUGUGAGGUGGGGGCAGUUCCCCCAGUUGGGCUGCAGAGAGGGAGGGGCAGGGGAAGCGGGGCUGCCUGUUAGCAGCUGAUGUGUCCAAGUCUCUAAAAAUCCACUUGCAACCUGUGAGCAUCUGGAGUUGCUGUGUCGGUGGGGGCAGGAGGAGGCAUGGGGAGGGGUGGGGGGAGGCCCUGGCACUGUUCCACCAGGCUGACCUCCCCCAAGGGCCAGUCUGAGCCGGUGGCUGGCAUCUGCUGCCCUGCGGGGAGCCGUGCCCUCACCCUCAGCAAGGCUGCUUCACUCUGCUUGGGAGUGCUGGUGCUUCCUUCUGGGGGUGCCCAGCCUGGCCACAAGGGGGCUAGGGGAGCAGGCAAGAGGCCCUGAAGUCAACUGCCAAGGGCUGUGCAUUCAAGUCAGUUUCAACUGUGUCAACUCCCAGCCACACCAGUGUCUGCCUUCCCAGCAAACUCCUCAAGACUCUGCCUGUCUUAACCUAGCCUUGCAGGUAACAUUCAGUGAGAAUUUAACAUUUAGUCUGCAGAAGAGAAGAACGAGGGGGGAUUUGAUAGCUGCUUUCAACUACCUGAAGGGGGGUUCCCAAGAGGACGGAUCUAGACUGUUCUCAGUGGUGGCAGAUGACAGAACAAGGAUAAUGGUCUCAAGUUGCAGUGGGGGAGGUUUAGGUUGGAUAUUAGGGAAAACUUUUUCACUAGGAGGGUGGUGAGGCACUGGAAUGGGUUACCUAGGGAGGUGGUGGAAUCUCCUUCCUUAGAGGUAUUUAAGGUCAGGUUUGACAAAGCCCUGGCUGGGAUGAUUUAGUUGGGGUUGGUCCUGCUUUGAGCAGGGGAUUGGACUAGAUACCUCCUGAGGUCCCUUCCAACCCUGAUAUUCUAUGAUUCUAAGUCCUCCCUGGGGCUAGUCAGGCCCAGUUUGUUCAGGGACAGGGAACUCAGCAAGGGCCGAAGCUCCCCCAGUGAUGGCUAAAUGGACCUUUCUGACUAAGGGCUGAUUCUCCAAAGUGCCAUCAAAUCCCUUUGUGCAGCGAGCUGGGCUGCCAAAGUGCUGCCCCCCCCAGCAGGGACCAGGCAGAUGCUGAGAUGUGAAUCCAGCCCUCCCCACUGAGCUGCUUUUAUCCUGGUCCGAUGACUCUGAGACUUUAAGGCCAGAAGGGACCAUCGUGAUCAUCUUGUCUGACCUGUCGCAGGCCACAGAACCUCUCUUGCUUCUCCUGUAAUAGGCCCAGGACCUCUGGCUGAGUUACCAAAGUCCUCCAAUCAUGUGACAGGGAAUCCACCAUUGACUGGCUAGUUCAAACCAGCAAGUGACCUGUGCCCCAGUGUGGCAGAGAAAGACAAAAAAAACCCAAGGUCUCAGCCAAUUUGACCCGGGGGAGAAUUCCUUCCCGACCCCAAAUAUGCCCAUCAGUUAGAUCCUGAGCAUGUGAGUAAGGCCCACCUGCCAGCCACUUGGGAAAAGAUUCUCUGUAUUAGCUCAGAGCCCUCCCCAUCUAGUGUCCCAUCUCCGGCCAUUGGAGAUAUUUGCUGCUGGCAGUCAUUGAUUGGCUACAUGCCAUUGCAGGCAGUCUCAUACCAUUCCCUCCAUCAACCACUUAGGCUAUUGCUACACUAGAGAGCUUACAGCCGUGCAGCUCUAGCCACUCGAAGCCAACCGGGGAGAGCUCCUGUCAGUUUGAUUAAUACACUCCCAAUGAGCAGUGGUAACUGCAUUGGCAGAAGAACCUCUCCUGCCAAGACGGCACUGUCCACACCAGUGUUUAUGUCGGUGUAAAUUAUUUUGCUUAGGGAGGUGGCUUAUUCACACCUGUGAGCAACAUACGUUAUACUGAUAGAAGUAGUAGUGUAGACAGCUGUAGACGGGUUCGGCUUGGGCUCAUUACUCCCCGGUGUGGCAGGGACCCACACUGCCCCACUAUGUCCGUUCAGUUGGGUCGAGGAAGCAGUCUGGCCACGGGGUUUCACGCCACGGCAGCGAUAGAGGCACAACAAACGGUUACAUCCGGUUGGCGGGCAGUAGCAAGUCCCAUGCUCCGGUCCUCAGACAGGAGCUGAGCAGCUUUAUCUAAUGAGCAGGCCUAGGCCCUGGGUCAGGGCCGGGCAGCAAAGAGUCAGUGUCUCAGACAGGAGCUGAGCAAACAGUUAAGCAAUAGGCCCUGGCCCUGGUUCCAAAGGGCCUGGGAGAGGGAGGGACAGCCACCCACACAUUGGGUGGCAGGGGGGAACGCAGGCCCACCCACUCCACUACGUCCCAGCCAGGGGCCCUAGCAGCAGCCGAAGACCCUCUGCUGCAUCAGUGGGAUCCUGGCCGCAACACACUGACAUGGGCUCUGACAGUGCUGCAGCCAGACUAGGGUCGGCUGCCCCCGGGCUACUUCCUAACUCCCCCUCUAGAGGUACCUGCAUCUGGACAGUGUCUUUCAAGGGGUCGAGCACUGUGGGUUCCUCAGGGUAACUGGCGAGCGAUAGGCUUGGCAGCUCCUCUGGGUAACUUGUGCGGGGCAGGCUGGACUGCUUCUCCGGGCUCGGGUCGGCAUCAGGCAUUGGCUGGUCUGGCCAGUCUUCUGGUCAGACACCGAUUGCUGGGGUCUCCCAACUGGGAGCUAGGCCACAAGCAUCUGGCGUCUCCAGCGGCCAUGUCUCUAGUGAGCUCUGGGGUUGGGCUUUUAUACUUCCUGUUCUGUGCCUUGACCUCUGGGAGGGGCAGGUGCAGGGUUCACUUGUGCUGCCCACUUUGGUGUCUGGAGAGGCUCGUCCCUCCCAGGGCGGCAGGGAACCACACUGCCUCGCUACAACGACCAUAGGUUUUUUGCUACUAUUCUGCUGGGGAGGCUGCUCCAGAACUUCACUGCUCAGAUAGUUCGAAACCGUCAUCUAAUUUCAUGCUUAAAUUUCUUGAUGGCCA